UUAAGUGUCCAUUUCCUCGUAGCUUCCAUCGUCCGUCCCCCGUCAGAUCUUCUGCUCUUCCUCAGAUUUUGCAGUCUGUGGAGGAACCAGAAGUUGAUACGGAGACAAUGGAGAUAACAGAGACACCAUUUGAAGAGACAAUGGUUCAGGAAGACCUCCAAAGUCCAUUUCCUCGUAGCUUCCAUCGUCCGUCCCCCGUCAGAUCUUCUGCUCUUCCUCAGAUUUUGCAGUCUGUGGAGGAACCAGAAGUUGAUACGGAGACAAUGGAGAUAACAGAGACACCAUUUGAAGAGACAAUGGUUCAGGAAGACCUCCAAAGUCAAUUUCCUCAUAGCUUUCAUCGUCCAUCCCUCGACAGACCUUUUGCUCUUCCUCAGAUUUCACAGUCUGUAGAGGAGACAAAAGUUUGUGAUAUGUCAGCGGAAGAACGUCAGAGUCUGUCUUCUGUCCACACCCAUCCUUCCUCGUCUGUGAAACUGCCCAAAAUUCAGACUCAAGUAAAGCCUUCACUUCAGAAGUCUGAGAAACCCGAGCCUCGCAAAUAUGAUUCUGCAGUCUCGGGCAGCAUUGAGGAGCAGUACAAGAAGAACAGCGAGGAGGACGGAGACAAACUGCUUCAUGCAAGCAUGAGAGAACCAUCAUUCAUAAUUGACAUCAAAGCUCAAGAAAACAACCUCCAGAAGCUGGAUCGAGCUUUUCAAAAUAACAACAUUUCCUCUGAAAUGUAUAACCUGUGCAGAGGAACCGUCAAUCAGACACUUAAGAGUGUUGAGCUGCGUCUCGGAUGUCUUUUACGGAGAUACAUCAAACAUGUCCAAAUGAAGCAAUUAAGGAAGACGCUCGAUGGAAAUUUCAAGGCGACCAGAAAUUUAAGGGAUGGACUGGAGUUCAAAAAAGUCCAUUCUCAGCUCUGCAAGUUUGACCGUUUCCAGCAGAGUGUAAACAAAAUCUGGGACGCCAAGCAAGCCUCCACCGAUGAGACACGAGGACUCUGCAUCGCACGGACGGCCCAUUUAUACCAGCAGGUGAAUGCGGUGCAUGGCCUACAUCUGGCAGGCAUAUCAUUUGAGCAAAGGCAUGUAUCACUUCCUCUGCUCACUGUGACACCCAUGCGGUUCAGCUCCAAUCUGCGUCCAUCUCCUCCUCGGGGACCGCGAACUUCACCCAGCAGAGCCAGUCCAGCACGUCAUCCUCAAAUCCACCCCAAACCUCUGCACCACACGACCAGGAACACACCAGGCAGUUUCCUGAAGAUCAGUCACAUUCAAUAAUGAUGGCCAGUGUCAACAUAAUGGCUUGUAUCUGAACCCAAGAAGAGAUUAUUGAAAUGUCACAAAGAUAAAACAAAAGCGAGGACGCAUCAGGAACAGACUCUGGAUAAAACAGAAGCACCGGCCUGUAGACAUAGGAAGAUGGUUUCAUUUACAUUUGUUACACUGCACUGCUCAGUCAGCGGUUAUUGACAUCUAAAUGUAGCCACUGAUUGGUUAACCCAUAUUAGUGAUUUCAAGCUUUGCCAGUCAA